AGCAAUUCCAUUGGUUUAUUUACAGGGGUUUUAAAUUUGGGUUCAGAAAUUUAUUUUUUUGUGACAGAUUCAUGGCGCUUCAUUAAAAUUUACAAAAAAUUGUACUGUUUCACUUUUUGAGCUAUAAUUUGGUACAAGCAGUGAUAUUUGUUAUCCAGAUCAUUCAAAGUGCAGUGUUUUUAAUUUGAACUGAAGUGAUAUUAAGACUUGAGAGAGCAGUGAGACAAGAGGCAGCAUGGGUGCGUGGUACAGUGGUCGCACCUGUCGCCUGGUGGGGGUGUUCGUGAUGACGGCUCUGUUCUUCUUCGUCGAGCUCAUCGUGGGCUACAUCACCAACUCCAUGGCCCUUGUUGCUGACAGCUUCCACAUGCUCAGCGAUGUCCUGGCCCUCAUCAUAGCCUUCCUCAGCGUCAGAGUCAGCAGAACGCAGUCCACGUGGAAGUACAGCAAGAACAAGAACACGUUCGGGUGGGCGCGGGCUGAGGUGCUAGGGGCGCUCGUGAACAGCGUCUUCCUUCUCGCCCUCUGCUUCUCCAUCUUCGUCGAGGCCAUCGAACGGAUGUACGAGGGCAAGGAGGUGCUGCACAACCCUGAGCUCAUCCUAUACGUGGGCGUCGUGGGUCUCGUCGUGAAUAUCAUCGGCCUGGCCCUGCUGCACAAGCACGGUCACGGCCACAGCCACGGCGGCGGAGGUGGCCACGGGCACAGCCACGGCGGGGCAUCUGCUCGCCGGUCGUCACGACAGGCGACGAUCAACACGCUCGUCGCCACAGACGACAACGAGAACGAUCAGCGUCUUGCGUCCGGCGGCUCCAUCUCCAUCAUGGCGGCCGCGGGUGGCGGGGCGGGCGGCGGGACGGACGGCGGGGACGACGAGCGGCGGACCGACAAGAAACGCGGCAAGAAGUCCUCCGUGUCCAUGAACAUGAAGGGCGCCUUCCUGCAUGUUCUUUCCGACGCCCUCGGGUCGGUGGUGGUGAUCGUGAGCGCGUUGAUCGUCUGGAAGACAGACUUCGUGUACAAGAGCUACGUGGACCCCGUGCUCUCCAUGCUGCUCGUGCUGCUCAUCUCGUACACUACGUGGCCGCUGCUCAAGGAGAGUGCGCUCAUCCUGCUCCAGACCGUGCCCACGCACAUACAGGUGGAGGGCAUCCAGCAGCAGCUGCUGAUGGUGGACGGGGUGCUGGCCGUGCAUGAGUUCCACGUCUGGCAGCUCGCUGGUGACAGAAUUAUUGCCUCUGCACACAUCAGGUGCCGUAACCUGCAGGACUACAUGGUGCUGGCGGAGAAGGUGAAGAAGAUGUUCCACGAAGAAGGCAUCCACUCGACGACCAUCCAGCCCGAGUUCGUGGAGCUGGAAUCCGUGCAUGCGGACCAGAACUGCAUCCUGGACUGCCCCACUAACGACAAGGAGGAGUGCGCUGCCAGCACCUGCUGUGGGCCUACCUCCAGACAGGUUGACGGCUCGAGCCUGAGCCCCACGAACGUACGGCAGCGCAGUGUCGACCAGGCGGCGUCAGGAGGAGGACGUGUCGCUGCUGAGGCCACUGCUGCAGAAGGCGGUUACCUGCUGCUCCCCACCUCCCCUCGGUCUGCCGUGCCCUGCACCAUCAGGGAGGCGGCUGUAUGACAUUAAUUCUUAACUUUAGGACCACUGCCUCGCUACACAACUACUGCCGUAGGGGCGAAGUUCAGCCAAUGUUUUUGAAGCGACAUGCCCCUUGUGUGUGUCUCGCUUCACAUUCGUUGCUUACUUUAUUUGUACAAUUGGAAAGCAGUGCAGCUUCAUUUAGUAAACGAUUAUUAUUUUUUGUCAAUAUGAUUAGUAGCGGUUAUUUUUUUCUCAUU